AUGGUUCAAGCUGAAGCAGUUCGUCUAUUGGAUUCAUAUUUAUCUCCAUGCGUUUCAGGUGCUAAAAAAAUUAUUAAUUCAUUGGACAAGCCCUUAAUAUCACUACGUGGAAGUUCCGUUGAUAUUCAUCCGAACGCAAGAUGGUCACAGAAUGGUAUUACUGUUGCUGGAGGAAAUGGAGAAGGCAGUGGAAAUCAUCAACUGCAAUACCCCCUGGGUUUGUUCUUUGAUGAUGAUCAGCAAAUUGUCUAUGUUGCUGAUCAUACAAAUCAUCGUAUCAUUGAAUGGAAGUGCGAUGCAGCGAAUGGCCGUGUGGUAGCGGGUGGAAAUGGAGCAGGGAGUGGAACACAUCAGUUGCAUAACCCACAUGAUGUGAUUGUUGAUAAAGAGACCAAUACUCUCAUUAUAUCUGAGUAUUCUAAUAAAAGAAUAGUCCGAUGGCCUCGUCAGAAUGGUACACGUGGAGAAAUACUUAUUUCAAAUAUCGGUUGCGUCAGUUUGACAAUGGACGACACUGGUUUUCUCUAUGUCGUUGACUAUGAUAAACAUGAAGUGAGACGAUAUCGAAGAGGAGAAUCUCAAGGCACUAUAGUCGCAGGUGGUAAUGGGCAAGGAAAUCGUCUCGAUCAACUCUCCUACCCACACUAUGUAUUUGUCGAUCGAGAUCAUUCAGUCUACGUGUCUGAUAACGGAAAUCAUCGUGUAAUGAAAUGGGUGGAAGGUGCAAAACAAGGUAUUGUCGUAGCCGGUAAUCAAGGACAAGGAAGUAGUCUUUCUCAACUGAAUGGGCCUCGAGGACUCGUUGUCGAUCAACGGGGAGCAGUCUAUGUAGUUGAUCAAUACAAUCAUCGAGUCAUGCGUUGGCCGAAAGGAGCCUCCCAAGGCAAUGUCAUUAUUGGUGGAAACGGUGCAGGAGCACAAUCGAAUCAACUCUAUUAUCCGUUUGGUUUAUCAUUCGAUCGUCAAGGUAAUCUCUAUGUCGCCGAUGAUUACAAUCAUCGAGUACAAAAAUUUAACAUUGGCUCAAAUACCUAA